AUGUCUACCACAAAUAGACAGUUACAUAACGUAACAGCAAUCGAGCGCAUGCUUAUCCAACUUGAGGAAACUGAACGAAGCUUUGAUGCAUUUUGGGCUCGACAUGAAAAACGUUUGAUGCAGUGCCUUCAACUGCGACGUUUUGAAGACAGCUUCCGAAAGUUUACACUUAGACAGCAUCAAAACCUAACAGAGAGGUCUAGUUGCCUGAAUCGUCUUCUUGAACUUUAUUAA